UUUUGUUGUUCAUCAGCAACAGUGACGAUGACUUUCUUAUCUCACUAGUUGAGGUCCAUUACUUAUGUCAAAUGAUGUUGUUGGGCUCAGUUAGAAAUCAAAAUCUAAGAUAUAUUAGUUACCAUUAAAUCUCUUUUAACAAUUUCCUAUCUGUCAUGAGUAAUUUAUGUCCAGGAUAUCAAAAUGUUUUACAUUGGCUGUCAAAGGCGUAAAACAACCCUUUACUUGAAUUUUGGAUUGUCUAUGAGACCACAAAAAUUUAUAUUGUCAUAUAAAAAAUCUUAAGCUCUAAUGGUUGUCUCUAAUUUCUGAAUCUCUGGUUACUUUGAUAUUAUAUAUAGCUGUAGGGACACCCAUUCGGCGGGGAUUGGGAGGCAUAUCAAUGCUGAAGUGGUCACCUACUGGAGAUUACUUCUUUGCUUCAAAAUUUGAUGGAACAUUUUAUCUUUGGGAGACAAACACGUGGACAUCAGAACAAUGGUCAUCAGCAAGUGGUUUUGUCAAGGGAGCAACAUGGGAUCCAGAUGGGCGCAUGAUACUUCUUGCAUUUUCUGAAUCGUCAACUUUGGGAUCUGUUCACUUUGCAUCAAAGCCUCCCUCACUAGAUGCUCAUCUGUUACCUGUUGAUUUGCCGGAAAUAUUAUCAUUGACAGGAAGUCAGGGAAUUGAAAAGAUAGCAUGGGAUAAUUCGGGGGAGCGAUUGGCUAUUUCUUUUAAAGGUGGAGAUGACAUGUACAGGGGACUGAUAGCCAUAUAUGAUACAAGAAGGACACCUCUUAUAUCUACAUCUUUAAUUGGAUUUAUAAGAGGGCCUGGAGACAGUCCAAAGCCAAUCACGUUUUCAUUUCACGGAAAAUUUAAGCAGGGACCAUUGCUUUCUGUGUGUUGGAGCAGUGGGUUUUGUUGCACUUACCCCCUCUUGUUUCGUACCCAUAUGCUUCCAUGACGAGGAUUUCUGUGAAAUUUUGUUGUUUGUACACGAUUUGGAGAAAUUCCAAGUUAAUGUCAUUAAUUCAAUUUUUUGGAUUACUUGAACUGUUUUACCUUCAAAUUACAGGGAUGCUAAUUGAAUUCUAACAUCUAUAAAAAUUAUCCAUAUUAGACGUGAUAUUUAUUCUUCA